ACUGACAGUGGUCGUUCGGGUCGCCUGGUACAUUUUCGAGUUGAACGCUAACCAAGGCUUAAGUAACCUCCAAGGUGCUCUGAGCUGGUGAUCUUUCAAUCAGUAGCUAGUCUCUACCAAGGCCAAGUUUCUCCGCCGAUCAGGAUAACUACCCAACCACAGGUGCGCUGAGUCACAGCUCGUUCAUUGUUGCCUGUGGUCUGGGGAAUAUAUAAAUGCUAUCAUCUCGCAAUCCAUCUCGUGUCUGGUGCCAACUUACACCAUGCUCAGAUGACAUCCAACAACGUCGUGCUUGAUGAUCAGAUCAAUAAAAAAACCCUAGUUCUUCGAAUGGGGUGUUGGGGCGGUGGAGGGCUCAGCCAUAGUAGAACCUACCGGUGAUAUACCUCCAGCAUCCAUACGAUUUCCAUACAAUUUUUAUUCUAUCGAGAUAGGACCACGCAAUCAUUUCUUCCCUAAAUAUUGUAUUGUUGUAAAUGGGUUCAGUGGCUUUCGAGCUGAACUCGCAACCUUGGGUAGUGUGUAACGCACAAAUGUUUGGGGCACUGUGGAUCCUUCGAGACUUCUUCCGAUUUAUCGAUCUUCACCAUCGGUGUUACGACACAUGGUAACAAAUACUUCACAUCAGCUACCCCAUCUGCCACAAAGUUAAAUGCAGCCUAGGGUAUAUUAUACAGUCAGCUUGUGUGCACAGUUCCUGGUAGUUCUGCGGUUGUGAACGUAACUGUCGAGCUGACAGGGGAUCCAGUUAUUAUAUCAGGACGUGGAUAUCAUGGCGCCAAAUGUUUGCCUGUAGCUGAUAAACGCUGUUUCUACGUGGUUUUUUUUUUCGGGUCGGCACUAGGAAGACCAUGCGACCUCUCAUACACUCCGUUCAAGCUGUAAAUCCCACCGACGCAUUACUACUGGAUAUCUCAGCAGUUCUGGUAUCGUUUUGCAGAAUUAAUGUUCGACUGCAGGGCACAGGUCUGUGGAUAUAUAAGCAUGGUGACUCAGCCGGCGGUGUGGACGUGAUUGCUGGAUUCACCAUACAGUAUAUCCGUGCGGAACGGAUGGAACACAUUAUCAGUUCAAUUUGACCCAACUGCAGGGAACCCGGUUCACAACGUUUAUCAUUGUUGGGUUGGGCUACAGGAGGGGAAAUUCGUGGAUUACAGUGCAUAUGAUUAACUGUAUUUUGGUGGUUUACCUCUGGCUUGUCUGUCUUACGCUUAUUCU